UGGGAGUGAGAGGCCCUGGUCUUUUUCUAGGGCCACCCUGUGAUUUUGGGAGAAGAUGGCAUGUCACUGUGCUGCUGGGCAGAAGGCAGUUUUAUGUUUAGCUCUUGCUGUGUGUCUCUGUGAUGCAGUCUGCCUUCAUUCCCUCCAUUUUUCAGUGUUUAGGGCUUCUGAGGGGUUGCAGGAGGCUCUGUAGGAAGGAAUCCCUGGUCCCUUACAGAGUAAGGACUUAGAGGCAUUGCUGGGGUGCUGCCUGGGUCCGUUCUGCCCAAAUUGUGUCCCAGUCAGCAUCCCAUGGGACGGAUGUUGUUUGCUUGAGCAUCUGUGGUUGGGUCCGGACCAGCUGAGCUUAAUCUGCAGAUUUUAUUUCUAAUUUCUUAGGGAGUACAGCAGUGGGAGCAACAAGAAGAUGGGCAAGGGAGGAUGCGUGAACCAUGGCUUAAUAAUAAUAAUAAUAAAAAAGAAUGCAGGAAAAAAUAUGCUUUUUUGGGGGGGCUCAGGGGCUCGUGUGCUUCCUCUCAGGUGGGAGGGGAUCCCUGGGGGCCCAGUUCCAGCAGCAGCAGCACCGACCUGGCUGGUCCCCGGGCGGAGGAGCCGCUGCCCUUUGUCCCCUGCGGUGGCAGUGGACUUUGGCAGCGGCGCCUGGGGAGCGGAAGAAGGGCCCCGGCGGCCUCCCAGCAGGCCUCCAAAGCCCCUUGGAUCUUCUGGAUGGAGCCCUGGGCCCCCCUGAGGCCACCCCUGCCUUGGCAGGGCCACGCAGCCCGGGGCGAGAAGUGGUCUGUGUGGGCAGAGGGCCCCCAUGGGCCACCUCCUCGGUGGCCUGUCCUCCACGCAGGUCCCCCGCCUCGUCCUGGCUCCUGGGAGCAGGGCCACCCCCCCGGCAGGGACACGCGCCGCCCGGCAUCCCGGGCAGAGAGCUACGAGAGCGGCCACCCCUUCAGGCCCUACUCCAGGCAAGGACAUGAAGACCCCCACUGGCAGUACCCAGCGGCCACCUACGGGGACAACCACGCUUACCAAAGCCACCAGCGGCAGCCUGCGGCCUGGCAGGGUGACAGAGACGUGAGGCAGGGCGAGCCCUACAGCAAGAGCAGCGCCUACCGGGACCAGCACUACCACAGGGGCUACCACCCCAACCUGGCCACCAGCCCCCCUGGGCAGGACAGGUCCCAGAGCUACGACGUGUACAAGGAGGGCUCCAGGCGGUCGUGGGCAGGGGGGGAGGCCAUCGGCCAGCCCCGAGAGCCCAGCCUGCUCCUGCAGUACCGUGAGUCGGGGCUCAGCUCCAGCGGCUACGAGCUCAGCCAGUACAUCCGCGACGGAGCCGACCACUGUGACACCGCGUUUUCGGAGAGCUGGAGCCCAGCGCAGGGAGGGGGGCCCUCGGUGUCCGGCCUGGCACCCCCCAAGUUCUCGCUGCCGCACAGGGCGGUGUGCUUUGGGGCUGGAGGGCAGCUGGUGCUGGUGUGUCCCCACAGCCCUGCCGAGGGGCAGCGGCCCCUGGUCGAGCUGCACAGCCUGGAGGUAAUCCUUCACAGCACGAAAGAGCAGGAGGAGCUGCAGGCCUUCCCAGGGCCCCUGGCCAGGGAAGAUCUGCACAAGGUGGAUGUGAUGACAUUUUGCCAGCAGAAGAUAGCCACAAGCUGUGAUCUUUCAACACAAAGAGGCAGAGAUUCAGCUCUUCUCUGGAAACUCCUGGUCCUCCUCUGCCGGCAGAACGGGUCCAUGGUGGGCUCAGACGUGGCCGAGCUGUUGAUGCAAGACCGCAGGCACCAGGAGAAGUACAAGAGGCAAAACCCCAUGGAGAACCCAACCAGACUGGCGGAGGACGAGUGGUGCCAGCCAGGGACGCUGGACCUCAUUACAGGAGAGGUCCCUCCCGUCGUGGAGACACAGGCGCAGAUAGUGGAGAAGUUCACCAAGCUCCUCUACUAUGGCAGAAAGAAAGAUGCCCUGCUCUGGGCCAUGAGAAACCAGCUGUGGGGCCAUGCCCUCUUCCUCUCCAGCAAGAUGGACCCGCGGACCUACAGCUGGGUGCUCGCAGGGUUCACCAGCACACUGGCCACCAACGACCCGCUGCAGACCCUCUUCCAGCUCAUGUCGGGAAGGAUCCCACAGGUGGUACAGAGCUGCGGGGAUGCCAAGUGGGGAGACUGGAGGCCCCACCUGGCCGUGCUGCUGUCCAACAAGGUGGGAGACAUGGAGCUGAACCACCGGGCCAUCAUCACCAUGGGGGACAGCUUGGCUGGCCGGGGAGCUGUGGAGGCAGCUCACUUCUGCUACCUGAUGGCAGAUAUUCCUUUCGGUUACUUCGGGGUGAAGGCAGACCGCAUGGCGCUGCUGGGCAGCAGCCACCGGCAGGCAUUUGCCCAGUUCGCCAGCACAGAGGCCAUCCAGCGCAUGGAAAUCUUCGAGUAUUGCCAGCAGCUGCGGCAGCCCAAAUCCUUCCUGCUCCCCUUCCAGGUGUACAAGCUCCUCUACGCCUCUCGCCUGGCUGACCAUGGGCUCCCAGCCCAGGCCCUGACCUACUGCGAGCACAUUGCCACCGUGCUCCUGGGACAGGAUCCGGCCAGCCACCCCGUCCUGGCCCAGCAGCUGGUGAAGCUGGCCGAGCGGCUGAAGCUCUGUGACCCGCUGCUGCUGGAGAUGCCUGAGCAGGACCAGGCGCUGGAGCCAGAGUGGCUGCUGCAGCUCCGAGCCCACUGCCAGCACUGGGAGGCAGAGGACAACCUCCCUCCAGAGGUGGCACUGACCCAGCCGGAGCUCUCCUGGGCUGCUGCGUCCACCGCAGGUGGAGAGCCCGACUACGAGCUGCCCCUGAGUGAUGGCUACCAGCAGGAGCUGUGGCACCAGCCUGUCCCCCCUGUGCCACCACAGGGACCCAGUCCCCACCAGGACGUGUCCAUCCAGCCCCUGGCACCUGCUGAAGUUGCAGUGUUGGGCACGGGACCGGCCACCUCUCCAGGAGAGCUUUCCUCUGAGCCCUCUCCGCAGGAGGUGCCACCAGCAGGAGAUGCUGGAGAGCCCCAAGACACCCAUGGGGUGCAGAAGCAGCCGUCCCUGCCAGCAGAGCCACAGGGGUUAAGCACGAGGGCUCGCUCGGUCUCAGAGAGCUCGACCAUCUCCCAGGAGGAAGGCAGCCAGCCGUCUUCUGACAGCGCAGCUGAGGAGCCAGCAGCAGAGGUGACCCCGGGUGAGGACAAGAGCUCUGGAUUCAGGUGGUUUGGCUGGUUUCGGUCGAAGCCCACUACAGAAGCCUCUCCCAAAGCCACGUCUGCUGCAGACUGCCCCACACCAGAACCACAGAGCCCCAAGCAGGUGGAUGUGUUUCAGGAACGGAUGUCGCCAUCCCCACCUGAUGCUGCUCCUGCAGCUGGGAUGAGUCCUUCAGCCUCCCCAUUGCCUCCCUCCAGAAACCCCGUGUCCAUUGACAUGAAAGUCCCGUGGGAUGUGGACAGUCACAAGGCUGGAGAGCAGCCUGGCUCCAAGCAACCACCGCUGGGGACAAUCCCGCUUUUCAACCCUGCUGAGAUCUCCCAGCUCACCGCCACCCGACCCAGCCAGCCCAGGCUGCUCUCCCAACGCCGCUACCCCAACCCUUUGUGAGUGGAGGGGGCAAUGCAUGUGUAUGGCUGCGAGAAACCAACAGCAGUUUGUGGAAAGCUUUGAUAUAAAAUGGUGUUUGUGGUUUC